CUUUGGUGGAAUAGGAAAUACAAUCCUUUAUAUUAUUUAUGAACAUUGGAAAAAUCAAUACGAUGAUUCAUUAGUAAACUCUGAAUAUUUUAAUGGAAGUACUAAUAUUAAAAUAAAAAUAACAACGAAAACAGCGGUUACAUCAGCAAAUUCCACCAAUGAAACUAGCAGUUACACCAAUGCAACCGAUGUUGUUAUCAAUCAAACUAUAUAG